AUGACAAGCUACGAAAUUCAAGUGAAGACAGGGGAUAAACUGGGUGCGGGUACAGAUGCCAACAUAGAUAUUGUUCUACUGGGGAGCUGUGGGAAGCAAACAAAGUCGGCCAAUCUUGAUUGUUGGUUUAGAGAUGACUUUGAACGAUGCAAGACCGAUUGCUUUACCAUACAAGAUAUUACAGAUAUUCCUGAAGUAAAUGAGAUCAGGUUGCGAAGAGACAAAGCGGGCAUGUUCUGCGAUUGGUUCAUUGAAAAAAUUGAAGUAACCAAUCAGAGGAGCAGAAAUACUAGUGUUUUCCCAAUACUUCGGUGGAUUCGCCCUUGCGUUGACCUCUAUGUUGGACGAUAUGAUGUCUCUCUGCCACAGUUUGAUUCUCGGCCGCAACAGCGCAGUGCUGAGUUGGAUGAGAAAAGGAAGCUGUACCAAUUUGAGGAGAAAGCCCCAGGAUUACCCAUGCAGGUUAAAAAUGUUCCUGAGGAUGAAGAGUUUUCUUUUUGUCAUGAGUUUGACCUGAAACGAAGAUAUGUCGGUCUGAAGGCUUGUACAACAUUGCAGAUGAUUUUUGGAGAUGGAUCAUGGAAAACUUUAGACGACUUAACAAGUGUCUACUCAAAAACAUUUGGAGAGCCGAAGGGGAUGAAGGAUUGGGAGAGCGAUCUAAGUUUUGGAUGGCAACGAUUAAACAGUGUCAAUCCCAAUCUGAUUCGGCUCUGUACACAUAUACCAGACAAGUUUGGGGUGACCGAGGAAAUGAUCAAACCUUUUCUAGGUGGAUUGAGUUUAUCCCAAGCCAUCACUGACAAACGACUGUUUAUCAUUGAUCUAGAAAUACUGGAUGGAAUUUCUGUAGUCGAUGGUUAUGUUUGUCCGACUCCCAUCGCCCUUUUCUUCGUUAACAGUAAAAAUCAACUUUUGCCAGUUGCGAUACAACUUUUUCAACAAAAAGGAUCAGAUAAUCCAGUGUUUCUGCCCAGUGAUCCACCUUAUACAUGGUUGAUGGCCAAAAUGUGGUACAACGUAGGGGACUCAAAUUAUCACCAAGGAAUAGCUCAUCUAGGUUUCACACAUCUAGCAAUGGAAGGCGUGUGUAUAGCAGCCAAUCGAUCUCUGUCUCCUUCCCAUCCCAUGUUUAAACUGUUGGCGCCACAUCUUCUCUAUAUUAUUGCCAUCAAUGACCUCGGUCUUGACACACUUUUAUCACCUGGAGGAUUUAUUGAUAAAACAAUGGUGGUGGGAUUCAAAGGUAUUCUUGAACUAAUUGCAAAAGGGACAAGCUCUUGGAGAAUGGAUAUAGAAGGAACCUAUCCAGAAUUUUUGAAAGAAAGAGGGUUAUAUUGCAAGGAUGGAAAAAUUCUACCAACAUUCUAUCAGCGUGACGAUACUCUUGAAUUGUUUGAGGCUAUUCGAAAUUACGUCACCAAAUAUGUCCAUCUCUACUACGACACACCUGAUAAAAUUAACAACGAUGCUGAAAUUCAAAACUUUGGACGUGAAUUAACAAUGCCAAAGUGUGAAGAAUGCUGCGGAAUUUUGGGCGUUCCAUUCAAAGACGGGAAGUUCAGUUCAGCAGAGGACUUGAUACUUGUGUUUACUUCCGUUAUUUACACCUGUAGUGUAGUACAUGCUGCUCUCAACUUUCCACAGUACGAUACCUAUGGAUUUCCCCCGAACUAUCCAACAAAAAUGAAUGGAAUACCCCCAAAGGAUAAGAGGCCAUUGCAAGAAGAGGAAGUAGUGAAGGCUCUUGUUGACAGGUCUUCCGCUCUGGAGACUAUGAUUAUCGGGAAGAUCCUGAGUGAACGGAGUACUAACGCUCUCGGUGACUUUGAAGUAAACUAUAUUUAUGACCCACCAGCAGUAGCAAUUGUGGAAGAAUUCAGAAAAGAUCUGAAAAAUAUCAGUUCAAAGAUUCAUGAAAGAAACGAAAAGCUGGAGAGAGGGUAUGAAUAUCUUCUACCGGAGGAAAUCCCGAAUUCCAUCAGCAUUUAAUUCUGCAAGAAGUAUUAAAAGUGUUAUUUGUGAACACAUCUGUUUUUU